GCUGAUGAAUACAAGAAUUUAGGCAAUAAAGCCUUUUCCGCGAAAGAAUAUGAAGAAGCGAUAGAAUUAUUCUCUAAAGCCAUUGAUUUAGAUCCUUCAAACCACGUGCUCUACUCGAACAGGUCUGCGUCUUAUGCUUCUCUAAAGAAAUAUGACAAAGCUUUGGAAGACGCAAGUAAGACUGUUGAGUUGAAGAGUGAUUGGGCAAAGGGUUAUAACAGAAAAGGAGCUGCUCUUCAUGGUCUCGGUAAAUUAGAUGAAGCGCGUGAGACAUAUAAAGAAGGACUUAAAAUUGAACCUGACAAUGCUCAGCUCAAGAAAGCACUCGAAGAUCUUGAACAUGCUGACAAAUAUCAAUCAAUGGAUUCUCAAUUUAAAAUCUUUAACGAUGAUGCUCUUGUAAGAAUCGCCAUGAAUCCGAAAUUGAGAGCUUAUCUUGAUCAGCCAGAUUUUGAUAAUCGUGUAAAAGAAGCGUUAAUGUAUAUAUUGACAGGAGGAACGAAUUUUCAAACACCUCAAGAAACGGAAAAACCAGCAGAGCCUGAACCAAAGACUCGUGAUGUUCCCGAACCAGAACCAGAACCAGAACCGGAAACUGUGGAAAAAUCCGAAGAAGAUCUUAAGAAAGAAGAAGCUGACAAAGAGAAAGCUCUUGGUAAUGAUGCAUAUAAAAAACGAGAAUUCGAAAAAGCGUUGCGACAUUAUGACAAGGCUUGGGAAUUAGAUCCUACUAAUGUUUCUAUUCUGACUAACAAGGCUGCUGUAUUAUUUGAGCAAGAAAAUUAUGAAGAAUGCAUUAAAAUUUGUGAAGAAGCCGUUGACGUUGGUCGUGAGCAUCGCGCGGACUUUAAAUUGAUUGCUCGUGCCUAUGGAAGAAUCGGCAAUGCUUAUGUUAAACUCAAUAAACUGGAUGAAGCAAUUAAAUAUUAUGGCAAAUCGUUAGCAGAACAUAGAACACCCGAAAUACUUACUAAAUCUAAUGAAAUUAAAAAGUUGAAAGUCAAACUUGAAAAGGAAGCGUAUUAUAAUCCAGAGCUUUCUGAAAAAGCUCGAGAAGAAGGAAAUGAACUUUUCAAGAAAAAUAACUUUGCAGGUGCUGUGGAACGAUACACAGAAGCGAUUAAGCGUAACGAGAAUGAUCCGAAAUCUUAUAGCAAUCGCGCAGCUUGUUAUACAAAAUUAAUGGCAUUCCAAGAAGCAUUGAAAGAUUGCGAGACUUGUAUCAAGCUUGAUCCUACAUUUGUCAAAGCCUAUAUUAGGAAAGCAGCAGUAGAGUUUUUGAAGAAAGAAUAUUCAAAAUGUUUGGAAACUUGUAGAACUGCGACUAAAUAUGAUACAGAAAAAAAACAUGCGUCAGAAAUUCAAGCUCAGAUGAGAAAAUGCCAUGAAUCAAUGUAUCAAAGUAGUGACACACCAGAAAGUGCAGAAGAGGCAAUUCGCAAGGCCGCUAGUGAUCCGGAAAUUAUGAAAAUCCUUCAAGAUCCUGUUAUGCAACAGAUUUUACAACAAAGUCAAGACGACCCACGUGCCUUCAGAGAGCAUCUUAAAAAUCCUACUGUGGCAGCCAAUAUUGAAAAAUUGAUGAAUGCUGGUGUUUUAAGAACUUCUUAA